AUGAAGAGCCUGCAGUGGGCCCAGGGGAACGGCGAGGACCGGGUCCACGUGGGCUCCGGGACGCACGGGUGGAUCUUCGUCGGGAUCUACGACGGAUUCAACGGCCCCGACGCCACCGACUUCCUCCUCUCCAACCUCUACUCCGCUGUCCAGCGAGAGCUCAAUGGCAUUCUCUGGAUCCAAGAAGAACGACAUCAGGAUUUUUCGCUGGAGAAAAGGAAAACUCGAUGGAAGCGCGAUUGGGAUAAAGGCAGCUUCGAAUCGAAUAGACCCGCAAGAUCGAGAUCGGUGAAUUCUGUGAGCCAUACCAAAGUUUUGAAGGCGAUGAAUCGAGCUCUGAGGAAAACAGAGGAGGAGUUCUUUGACGUCGCGGAUAAGAUUUCGUCGGAGAAUCCUGAGCUUGCUUUGAUGGGAUCUUGUGUUCUUGCCGUUCUAAUGAAAGGGGAAGAUGUUUACAUAAUGAAUGUCGGAGACAGUCGAGCUGUUUUAGGGAAGAAAUCAGAGAUAAAGGAUUUGCAGAGGAUUAGUGAAGAUGGUGAGGGUUUCAGAGGUUUGUCCACUUUGGAUGCGAUUCAGUUGACGUUGGAUCACAGUACAUGUGUUGAGGAGGAAGUUCGGAGGAUUAAAAGAGAGCAUCCUGAGGAUGCUUGUGCGGUGAUGAAUGAUCGAGUGAAGGGUUCUUUGAAGGUGACCAGAGCUUUUGGUGCUGGAUUCUUGAAACAGCCAAAAUGGAACAGUGCGCUCUUGGAGAUGUUCAGAAUUGAUUACGUUGGAACAUCACCAUACAUUACAUGCCAUCCGUUUCUCUAUCACCAUGAACUUGGAUCUAGAGAUAGAUUUUUGAUACUUUCAUCUGAUGGGCUUUACCAGUACUUCACUAAUGAGGAGGCAGUUGCUGAAGUGGAGUCGUUCAUUGCCACAAUUCCUGAAGGUGAUCCUGCGCAGCACCUCGUUGAGGAAGUUAUCUUUCGUGCAGCGAGAAAAGCUGGACUAGAUUUCCAUGAGUUGCUUGAGAUACCACAAGGUGACCGAAGAAGAUAUCAUGACGAUGUCUCCAUCAUCGUCAUCUCCUUUGAAGGAAGAAUAUGGAGGUCUUGCGUGUAGAUAGAACUAUCAAUUAAGAAGGAAUGCCUUUGAAGGGAGAACAUGGUGAUCUUGCAUGUAGAUAAAGUUACAAAUCCAGAAGGAAGGUUUAGAUCAUAUUCAUACCACAGAAAAGCUAGUCUUUUCUGUUUUUUCGCCAACCACCUUUGUAUCAUAAGCUUUUGAGGGAACUUUUGCUUCCAUGUUUGUUGAGGUGAUGGAGGUUGUA